AUGACGGAUGUUCUUUCGAAUCAAACUCCAUGGCCACGUAGUACAAUGUCUGACAUUCCACAACAGCAACAGCAACAACAGCAACAUCAGCAACAACAAAAUAGCUAUCAGAAAAAUACCCGUCGCACAUUGCCAAAAUUUAAAACUGAUAAUUCACCCGGAACAACACCACGCAAAGUAACUUUAUUUCGUAAUGGUGAUCGUUAUUUCGCCGGUAAACAAUAUGCUAUCAGACCACAGAACUACACAAGUAUUCGACACUUAUUACAAGAAUUAUCAAGUGCUGUUGAUUUACCUUAUGGCGUACGAAGAUUAUUUACGCCGACGAAAGGCUCAGAAAUUACUGAUGUUAACAUUAUUAAAGAUGGUGCUUCGUAUGUUUGUGCUUCAUUUGAACCAUUUCAAAGAUUGGAAUAUACAGCUAUUGGCUUACCACGCGUUACAUUUAGUCUUGAUCAACUUCGACAACCAUUACACGAUUUCAAUUCUCAACGGUUUCAUGUACGCCAUUUACCGAGUAUUCCUAUUUCGAAACUUGGUAAUGCGCACGGUCCGAAUGUAAAUUCGAAUGCAACAUCAACGAAUCGUUUUCAAGCUAAUUCUCUUUUUCUACAAUCACUUACUACAACAACGCAUAAUACAAAUCAACAGCAAAAAAAACAAAAUUCUAAAUCAACUAAAUACGGUUUUGAAUCUAUAAAUACGAAACCACGUCAAAUCACAAUUGUUAAACAAGGAAAUGACAAACCACAUAAAUCCAUAACAAUAUUACUCAAUCGACGAACAGUUCAAACAUAUGAACAACUUCUAUCUGAUAUUUCGGAAUCAUUUGGUUAUCAAAAAAAUCGUACUGAUAAAAUCAAACGUUUAUAUAAUCUAAAAGGAAAACAAGUAAAUGGUAUUAAUGACUUUUUUCGUGAAGAUGAUGUAUUUGUCGCAUCAACAAGUAUAGCAGAUCCAUCCCAAACAGAUUUACAAGAAAUAAAUAUUGAAAUGCUCAAUGAUACACAAAAUUCUACAUCACGUAAUGCGGGCCUUGGUAAAAAUCACCUAAAACAAAGCGUACAAAUCCCAACUGAUCGUGAUACACCGAAUACACAAACAGGAGCAAUUAAUGUUGAUUUAAAGAAAAUGAUUAAUGUGCGUGAUAGUGGUUUUCUAGAUGACGAAGAUGGUUUCUCAGGUAGAGAUAGUGUAUUAACAACAUCACGUAAAACCCCAUCGCGACCUACCAAUAAUAAUAACAAUAAUAAUAUUAUUAAUAAUAAUAAUAACAAUAACAAUAACAAUAACAAUAACAAUAACAAUAACAAACAAAAUGAACAGGCGUCAGAAGAUGCGCCUACUCCUAACGAUCUCAUCGGACGGAAAUUGAAAAAAACAACUUACAAACCAACGACUACACUUACUAUUGAACAACAACGAGAACGUGAACGACAACGUUUACGAGAAGAAGAUGAACGGCGAAAAAAAUUAUUAGCUCGAAAAGAGUAUCACCCAACAGCAACAACUCACCCGGUACCUAAAUUUGAAACAUUAGCAGUUGACAUUAAUAAUGAUGAAUCUCGUACUAAUAAAUCUAAAACUCCAACAACAGGUACCGGUACAUUUUCUCCAAAUUUCCCUCUGGCUACUGGCAAUGCAGUAAAAGCAUUAAAUAAACCAGCAUCGACUACACCAGUACCUCGUAUCAGUAUGCCAACGAAUCAUGAUGAAAAUGAUCCAAGUCAUAAUGAAACGCCGACAGUAGGUGCCACAGCUGCAACAUUAUCAACGGCAGCAGCAUCGAAAAAGUUUUUCAUCAAAAAACGUUCAUCUGCUUUACAUAAUUCUUCUACUGUGAUCACUGAUAAAUAUGAGCUUGGUAAAAAAAUGGGCGAUGGAAAUUUUGCUGUUGUACAUCGUUCAAAAUUACGCGGUACUGAUCGUGAAUAUGCUAUUAAAAUAAUUGAUAAAUCAAAGAUGAAGGGCAAAGAAUAUAUGCUUGAUCAUGAGAUAAAUAUUAUGUACAUGUGUAAUCAUCCAAAUCUGAUCCGACUAUUUGAAGAUUAUGAAACUCCUGAAGAAAUCUAUCUUGUUAUGGAAUUAAUUAAAGGUGGCGAUUUAUUUGAUUAUAUAACAAAACAUCGCCGUUUUGAUGAGCCGACCUCAUCCUUAAUGAUUAAAGAUGUGGGCGAAGCACUUUUAUAUUUACAUGCAAAAAAAAUUGUUCAUAGAGAUUUGAAACCAGAAAAUUUAUUAGUUAUGCAAAGAAAAGAUGGGCGCAUUACAAUUAAAUUAACGGAUUUUGGUUUAGCUAUGCAAGUGUCUGGGCCCAUAAAAACAGUGUGUGGAACACCAACCUAUGUCGCGCCGGAAAUACUUGCUGAAACCGGUUACAGUUUUGAGGUAGACUGUUGGGCAACAGGAAUAAUUUUAUACAUUCUACUUUGUGGCUAUCCACCGUUUAAAACAGCUGACCGUAAUCAAGAAACAUUAUUUCAAUUGAUUCAACGCGGAAAAUAUGUUUACGAUGCUGAAUAUUGGAGUGCGAUCUCAGCAAAUGCAAAAAACUUAAUCGAUCAUUUACUAGUUGUCGAUCGACAUAAAAGAAUGCGUGCUGAUGAAAUUCUUCUUCAUCCAUGGAUAUUAAGUGUUGGCCAAUCCAAGCCACUACGUAAUACGGAAGAAACAAAAGCUGCCUUAUGUUUAAAAUAUAACAAUAAAGUUAAGGAAUAUGCUGCCGAAAGUAAUGGACCUUAA